GCAAGAUGGCGGUCGGGCCUCGGCUGCUGCCCCGGGUCAGGCAGAGCUCGGGGGUCUUGGGCUGAGGCGGUGGUAAACUGCGGCCCCGACCCCGAGCGCGGGGGCCUCGAGCGGAUAAAGGUCUACGGCCUGCGGAAAACACAAGCUCCUCUGAAGUGAGAUGUCCUCAGCUGUGAGCCCUGUGCAGAAUCACUAAUGACUGAUUACCUGACAUUUCUGCGUCACCGGCAGGUCCUCAGGGUUUGUGCAAGUUUGCAAACAUGUUCACUGUUUCUCAGACCUCGAGAGCUUGGUUCAUUGAUAGAGCCCGUCAGGCUCGAGAGGAAAGGCUGGUGCAGAAGGAGCGGGAGAGGGCAGCUGUGGAGAUUCAGGCCCACGUACGGAGUUUUCUCUGUCGGCGUCGACUGCAAAGAGAAAUCAGGAGAGAGAUUGAUGAGUUUUUUAAAGCAGAUGACUCUGGGUCCAGUAAAAGAAGUGCACUUUGUAUUUUUAAGACUGCCAGGAAACUGCUGUUCUUGUUCAGAAUUAAAGAGGAUGAUGAGAGAUUUGAGAAGUUGUGUCGGUGCAUCCUGAGCAGCAUGGAUGUUGAGAAUGAACCCAAGGUAUGGUACGUGUCCCUGGCUCUUUCCAAGGAUCUCACCCUCCUAUGGAUUAAACAGAUCAAAGACGUCAUGUGGUAUUGCUGUGAGUUUCUUGAGCAGCUCAAGCCUGAAAUUUUACAAGACUCCAAACUCAUCACACUGUACCUCACGAUGCUUGUCACCUUUACAGACACUUCAACAUGGAAAAUUCUCCGGGGAAAAGGUGAGAGUCUUCGACCAGCCAUGAACCACAUUUGUGCAAAUAUAAUGGGCCAUCUCAACCAGCAUGGAUUUUACUCUGUGCUGCAGGUAUUGUUAACCCGUGGCCUGGCGAGACCCCGGCCUUGUCUGUCCAAAGGCACUUUAACAGCAGCCUUUUCCCUAGCAAUGCGCCCUGUGAUUGCUGCACAAUUUUCAGACAAUCUGAUCCGGCCGUUCCUCAUCCACAUUGUGUCUGUGCCCGCUCUCAUGACUCAUCUCAGCACAGUGACCCCUGAGCGCCUCACUAUUUUAGAAUCUCAUGACAUGCUCCGUAAAUUCAUCACAUUUUUAAGAGACGAAGAUCGAUGCCGUGAUGUAUGUGAAAGUUUAGAAGGAUGCCAUACACUUUGUCUCAUGGGCAACCUCCUGCACUUGGGCUCCCUCAGCCCCAGGGUGUUAGAGGAGGAGACAGAUGGAUUUGUGAGUUUGCUCACCCAAAUGCUCUGCUACUGUCAGAAGUACGUGUCCCAGAAGAAAUCCAACCUGACCCACUGGCACCCUGUCCUUGGCUGGUUCUCCCAAUCCGUGGACUAUGGCCUUAACGAGUCCAUGCCCUUGGUCACCAGACAGCUGCAAUUCCUGUGGGGGGUGCCUCUGAUCCGGAUCUUCUUCAGUGACAUCCUGAGCAAGAAGCUGCUGGAGAACCAGGAGCCGGUCCACGUGCCGCCAGCGUCCCCACAGAAUGUGCUUCCUGUGAAGACUCUCCUGAAGCGUGCAUUUCAGAAGUCGGCGUCAGUUCGGAAUAUUCUCAGGCCUGUUGGGGGUAAACGUGUUGAUUCUGCGGAGGUACAGAAGGUUUGCAACAUCUGCGUCCUCUACCAGACCUCACUGACGACUCUAACCCAGAUCCGGCUGCAGAUACUCACAGGUCUCACUUACCUUGAUGACCUGCUGCCCAAACUUUGGGCGUUUAUCUGUGAACUGGGGCCCCACGGAGGGUUAAAGCUCUUCUUGGAAUGCCUCAACAAUGACACUGAAGAGUCUAAGCAGCUCUUGGCCAUGCUGAUGCUGUUCUGUGACUGUUCCCGGCACCUCAUCACGAUCCUUGAUGACAUUGAAGUUUAUGAAGAACAGAUUUCAUUCAAACUAGAAGAACUGGUCACGAUCUCCUCUUUUCUGAAUUCCUUUGUGUUUAAGAUGAUCUGGGAUGGAAUCGUAGAGAAUGCCAAGGGUGAGACCUUGGAGCUGUUCCAGUCCGUCCACGGGUGGCUGAUGGUGCUCUACGAGCGGGACUGCCGGCGGCGCUUUGCCCCCGAGGACCACUGGCUGCGCAAGGAUCUCAAACCUAGUGUGCUCUUCCAGGAACUUGACAAGGACAGAAAACGGGCUCAGCUGAUCCUGCAGUACAUCCCGCACGUCAUUCCUCACAAAAACAGAGUUCUCCUGUUCCGAAACAUGGUAACCAAGGAGAAGGAGAGACUGGGGCUUGUGGAAACCAGCUCUGCCUCCCCUCAUGUCACUCACAUUACCAUCCGCCGGUCCCGGAUGUUGGAGGACGGCUACGAGCAACUUCGGCAGCUCUCCCAGCACGCCAUGAAGGGCGUCAUCCGCGUGAAGUUUGUCAAUGACCUCGGGGUGGACGAGGCAGGGAUUGAUCAAGACGGUGUUUUCAAGGAGUUCUUAGAAGAGAUCAUCAAGAGGGUGUUUGACCCAGCGCUCAACCUGUUCAAGACGACCAGUGGGGACGAGAGACUCUACCCUUCGCCCACGUCCUACAUUCAUGAGAAUUACCUGCAGCUGUUUGAGUUUGUGGGCAAGAUGCUGGGGAAAGCUGUGUAUGAGGGAAUUGUGGUGGACGUGCCCUUUGCAUCCUUCUUCCUGAGCCAGCUGCUCGGGCACCACCACAGUGUCUUCUACAGCUCUGUGGAUGAACUGCCUUCUCUGGAUUCCGAGUUCUAUAAAAACCUCACUUCCAUUAAGCGGUACGAUGGGGACAUUGCUGACUUGGGCCUGACACUGUCAUAUGAUGAGGAUGUCAUGGGUCAGCUUGUUUGCCAUGAACUGAUUCCUGGAGGGAAGACCAUUCCUGUUACAAAUGAAAACAAAAUUAGCUACAUCCAUCUGAUGGCCCACUUUCGAAUGCACACUCAAAUCAAGAACCAGACAGCUGCCCUCAUUAGUGGAUUCCGUUCCAUCAUCAAACCUGAGUGGACCCGGAUGUUCUCGACCCCUGAGCUACAGCGACUCAUCUCCGGGGACAAUGCUGAGAUCGAUCUGGAAGAUUUAAAGAAGCACACAGUGUACUACGGUGGUUUCCAUGGAAGUCACAGGGUCAUUAUCUGGCUCUGGGAUAUCCUGGCCUCAGACUUCACGCCCGACGAGAGAGCCAUGUUUCUGAAGUUUGUGACCAGCUGCUCCAGGCCCCCGCUCCUGGGAUUUGCCUACCUCAAGCCUCCCUUCUCUAUCCGCUGUGUGGAAGUGUCGGAUGAUCAGGACACUGGCGAUACCCUGGGCAGCGUCCUGCGUGGCUUCUUUACCAUCCGCAAGCGGGAGCCAGGUGGCCGCCUGCCCACCUCCUCCACCUGCUUCAACCUGCUCAAGCUGCCCAACUACAGCAAGAAGAGCGUCCUGCGGGAGAAGCUGCGCUACGCCAUCAGCAUGAACACGGGCUUCGAGCUCUCCUAGCUCCCAGCCACCCUCAGCCCCAAGAGGCGACGUUCCCCUGGGAGCACGACUGACGUGCCAGGGCACGGUGGCCCCCAGACCCUCUCUAUAGCCAUGAGACGUCCCCUGUGGCCUCAAGAACUUUGGAUGCACGUGACAAAGCUACCCAGCACUCUCCAGGUGACACUAACAGGAAGGGGGUGUUGAAAAUAAACCUCCAGAUUCCGCCA